AUUUGGAAAAAAAAAAUCCCUGUUCUAUACGUUCUUUUUAAAGUAAACAAAUGCAGCCUUAACCACAAGUUAUUCAACUCCUUAGAAUACGGACAAAUGUUUCUCGUGAAUCUACAAAUCAUACAUCGUUUUGCUGUCCAUUCAUAGCGUUUGUGCGAAGCCAAUCCUGAGCAUGUGCAGAUCAGGGCACCGCAGAUCACGCGUUACAUCUCGCGAUAAACGAGUCGCUUUGACGCUCUCAGUUCAGCGAAGGAUCGUUUGCUAAAAGAGUUUCUUCUGAGAGAGAAGAUGUCUCUGAAAGAAACGGCUCCGUCUUCCUCCAUCAUCCCCCUGCGCUCUGACGAACAUCAGCAGAGUAUUCUGAGCAAAUUCGACAAAUUACGAAAAAAAGGCCUGCUUUGCGACAUAACUCUAGUGGUAGAGGACGUACACUUCAAGGCUCACAAGGCUCUGCUGGCAGCCAGCAGCGAGUACUUCUCCCUCAUGUUCACCGCGGAGCAGCCGGUCCCGCCGUCCACCUACAGGCUGGACGGCAUGGCGGCGAAGACGUUCGGCGCGGUGCUGGAGUUCAUCUACAGCGCCCAGGUGUGUGUGGAGGAGAGCUCCACGGAGGAGCUCCUGGCCACGGCUCAGAGGGUAAAGGUCAGCGAGCUCGUCCACGUUCUCGCUGAGCUCGCGGACUCCACGGGCACGAAGGACGAGAAGACGUCAGACAGAACCGAGGCAGCGGACCUGUUGAAACGAAAACGAGGGCGGCCAAAGAAAAACCCAUGUGGAUUCCGUGACGGCUCAGAUGAUGUCCAGGCCGCAGAGGGCGACCCUGCCGAAGACCACGACACCGGAUCUGGCCAGAGGCGUCAAAGCAAACGCAAGAUAAGGACGCCGGUUAAAUACAAGGGCUACAGGAUCAGCGGCGACGGAGCAGGAAGCAAAGAGCCGGGGAGGAGGGGCUACAAGAGGAAGUACCCCAACACUGAGGCGCGAUGCGACGACUGCGGGAAAGUCUUCAAGCACCAUCUGUUUUUAAAGAUCCACCAAAGAACUCACACCGGAGAGAAACCAUUCCACUGCUCGGUCUGUGGGAGGAGCUUCACUCAGAAGCACACCUUGCUGGCUCACCAGCGCGUUCACACGGGGGAGAAGCCGUUUGUUUGCGGCGUCUGCUCAAAACCGCUCUCCACCAAACACUCCCUGCAGGAGCACAUGAACCUCCACGAAGGGGAGAAAUCCUACGACUGCGAUAAAUGUGAAAAGACCUUCACUCAAAAGAAACAACUGAAAAGCCACUAUAGAGUUCACACAGGCAAAUCAUUACCAGAAUGUGAUCUGUGUCAACACAAGUUUAUGGAUGCAGCUCAGCUGAAGAAGCACAUUAGGACUCACACAGGUGAGAAACCUUUCACUUGUGAAAUCUGUGGCAAAUGUUUCACAGCCAAGAGCACGCUGCAGACACACAUCAGGAUUCACAGCCUUUCUGUUGCGUUCCUGUUGAGAGGUGAGAAGCCAUAUAAAUGCAGCAUCUGUGAGAAGUCUUUCUCAGACCCCAGCGCGAGGCGACGCCACAUCGCCUCCCACUCUGGGAAGAAACCCUUCACCUGCUCCUUCUGUGGCCUUUCCUUUACCCGGCCGGACAACCUGAAAACGCACACAAAGUCUCACAACAAGGAGAGACCCGCCGCCGAGGCGACCGAGGCCUUGCCGCCGCCAGAGGAGCCGCGCAACGUCCUCCAUCUGCAGCCGUACCAGCCGGCGCUCAGCUCUGAGCAGGAGAUCCAGCUGGUGGUGGCUGGCGGGGUGAACAACAUCAACUUCAUUCCAGGUCAGAAUCAGGAGAUCAACCUGGUCGCCGCCGACGGAGAAACGGCGCAGUCGGCCCACUCCAAGGUCACCCUCCUCGCCCAGCCGGCGGGGCAGAUCCAGGACCUGGCGCUGGUCGCUCAGGGAAACGCGGCGGCCCACGCCCCGCAGGUUCACUCCAUUGGCGUGUUGGAGACCCACCAGCCGAAGCAGAUGCACGUCAUCACCCUGAGUAAAGAAGCCAUGGACCAGCUGCAGGCCCACCACGGCCCGCCGCAUCCUCUGCAGAUAGCGCGCCCUCUCCAGGUGAUGCAGCAGCCGCAGCAGCUGGCCGUGGCGCAGGAGAGCUCGCAGGUUCACAGCCAGGCCAUCCACAUCAGCAGCCAGGUCAGCCAGCCGAUCUCCAUCAGCCAGACCAGCGAGCAGAUCUCCAGCCACCACAUCCAGGGGCAGACGUUCCAGAUCCAGGCGGGAACCGUGUCGUACCUGUACACCACCGGGCUUCCCCAGGACGGCUCAGAGGAAUGCAUCCUGCAAACUAAGAUGUGAAGUUGCUGACACCAAACCGAUGCUGCUGUCGUGUUUGUCGUUGUGGAUGGAGACGGAUCAGAAAGUUGGCCAGUACUCAGAACAAAAACAAAUUGGAGGAUUUUAAGCAUAAAACAAAACAUUUUACCUGUUUAGCACGUCGAAAUUUUAUGGUGGCAGAACAAUUUAUCUCAUAUAUACCGUGGGGUUUAUUUUUUUUCUGCUUGCACUUUAUUGUUGCGUAAAGAUGAGUCUUGUAGACAUUUCAUUGCAUUCUGUGACUCAGUCUAGCUGUUAAUAUACUCUUGCUAGCUACUAUGUUGCUAGCUAGCUAGCUGUAGUGUCAGUACAGGAUCCCCAUUGUCAAGGGAUUGCUAGUUAGCUACCAGUUCCUAGCUAGCGAGGAAGGGUGAAGCUAUCGAGGUUUUUAACAUCCAUCGUGGGGAAGUGCUGGACGAUGUUCAUCUUAGCCAUUGACUCACUUCUGUUCCUAACCGAUAUUGUUUAUUUAUUUGUAUUUUUAAUUUGUACAUUUCUGUCUUGAAUCAAGUCUUACAUUCCAUUCAUAAUGGUUUUAAAAAUGUCUUUAAAAGUCUUAAAUGUGAGUUGGUGAAAUCUGCAGAAAUCCUGUAUUAUUAAUAAGCUUUGUAUCAUUUGACCUACUUCCCCAACAGUCUGGAUAGAAAAUGAAAUGAUCGAUUUGGCUAAUGAUCCUAAGUAUUUUCUUUUUAUUCUUUAAAGUUGUGAUUAUGCAGUUGUUUUAAAAGUUAAAGGGAUUCAUUUUGUUCUCAUUUGAAAAUACUGUCAAGGGCUUGUUCUUGGUUUGCUCAUUAAUAUGCAGACGCUGUCAUUGUCUCAGUUGUAAACAUGCAACUAACAGAUAAACUAAAGAAUACAAUGGUAGAACUCAAGAGAGCAAAACUCUUGUAUGAAAAAAUCUUUAUUUGUAAGAAAUAAUCGGAUGUGAUUUGAAAGACAACACGAAAGUCUUCAUAGAAAAAUAGUGAUGCUGUAAAAAUGUAUAGAAGCAAAAACAAAUACAAAGAAAGA